AUGUCCGAGGACGACAGUCAGGACGGCUUUUCCCAGCGCCUAAAUGCACCUCGAAGCCGUGAAGAAAUUGAGAGACAACUUGAUGAGGAGUACCCAAAUCGCCCGCGAAAUCAUGGCAAAUCACGUCCCUUUCACAGCCUCUUCCAGGAACUCUUCAAUCCUCUACUCGAUCUGAGGAAUAAGCCCAAAGUGGCCGUGGUCAAUCGGAGAAAAGUAGGUCCAGAUGGGCAAUCUAACAAGUCUCCAUCCGAGAGACGCAGAGACUUGAUUGAGCGGUACAUCGAUCGCUGGCGAAGAGAUGUCGGACCUGAUUUCUUCCCCGCCCUUCGUCUCAUCAUCCCGGACAAGGACCGUGAGCGAGGCGUGUACGGUCUCAAAGAAAAGAUCAUCGCCAAACUACUGAUUAAGAUCAUGAAGAUCGACAAGAACUCGGAGGAUGGCUACAACCUUCUGAACUGGAAGAGCCCUGGCCAAACAAACACGUCUCACACGGCCGGCAAUUUUGCCGCACGAUGCUACGAUGCACUCUCCAAACGACCAAUGCGCACUAAGGUGGGCGACAUGACCAUAGACGAGGUCAACGGGAUGCUGGACGAAUUGUCUGCAGCCCCGAAAGAGCAGGACCAGCUUCCAAUCCUAGCCGAGUUUUACAAGCGCAUGAACGCUGAAGAGCUGAAGUGGCUCAUCCAAAUAAUUCUCAAGGAAAUGAAAGUGGGCGCCACUGAAAGGACAUUCUUUGCUCUCUGGCACCCCGAUGCAGAGAGCCUGUUCAACGUCUCCAGCAACCUCCGAAGAGUAUGCUGGGAGCUGUACGAUCCCAAUGUUCGUCUCGACGGUGAUGAAGCCGGGGUGGCUCUGAUGCAGUGUUUCCAACCAAUGCUAGCGCUUUCCAAGCAAGAACCGCUCAAGAAGGUUGUCGAGGCACUACGUCCAACACCAGAGGACCCUGAAUUCUGGAUAGAAGAGAAACUGGAUGGCGAGCGUAUGCAGAUGCACAUGGUGACCGAUGAGUCCCACCCAGGCGGCAAGCGCUUCCAGUUCUGGUCACGCAAGGCGAAGGACUAUACCUACCUCUACGGCAACGGUUUCCAGGAUCCAAACGGAGCACUGACUCAAUCAAUCAAGGACUGUUUCAGAGGUGGUGUCGAUAAUAUUAUCCUUGAUGGUGAGAUGAUCACUUGGGAUCCAAACGAGAAGGCGCCGGUGCCGUUCGGGACGCUGAAAUCGGCUGCUCUUGCAGAGCAGCGGAAUCCGUUCGCUCAGGGGCAUAGACCGGUCUUCAGAGUCUUCGAUAUACUCUUGCUGAACGGCCAACCUCUCACUCGCUACGAGCUGAGGGACCGUCGCAAAGCCCUUGCAGCUUCAAUCCACAGCGAGGCUGAACGUUUUGAGAUCCAUGAUUACGUCGUCGCCACUAAAGUGGAAGAGGUGGAGGACCUCCUCCGCCAAGUAGUCGCAGAGGCAUCUGAAGGACUGGUCCUGAAGAAUCCACGGUCCAUGUACCUUUUAGAUGAUCGAUCAGGCGACUGGCAAAAGGUGAAGCCCGAAUACAUGGAAGGAUUUGGAGAAGACCUUGACUGCGUGAUUUUAGGAGGAUACUACGGAUCCGGGAAACGCGGAGGGUUCUUGUCAAGCUUUCUCUGUGGCCUGCGCGCUUCAAGGCAGGACCUAGAGGUCGCCAGUCAACAACAAAGUCAGAGUCAGAGUCAGAGUCAAAAUCAAGGCCGCAAAGGUUCGACUCAUAACCGGGGCCGAAAGGCUCCACCCUCGCAGCGACCGCAGCACUCCCAAGCUGAAACGCAGUCCCAAUCCCAAUCUCAGUCCCAGGCACAGGUUCCAGAUUCUCAGCCGACGCAAAUCGAGGUAGACGGCCCAGUCGAGAACUUUACCACUUUCUUCAAGGUCGGUGGAGGCAUGACCGCCAACGACUAUGCGGCCAUCCGCCAUGCUACAGACGGGAAAUGGCAUCGCUGGGACUCUCGUCGCCCAGCUGCAGCAGACUACAUUGACCAGGGUGAUCUGAGCAGACUGGCAGAGAAGCCCGACAUGUGGAUCAAACCAUCAGACUCGGUCGUUGUGCAAGUCAAGGCUGCGCAAGUCACGGCGAGUACUGACUAUGGCUUUGGCUACACCCUUCGGUUCCCACGGUUCGUGAGGAUCAGAAGAGACAGGGACUGGACGACCGCCCUGUCAGUCAACGAGUUUGCAGAUCUCAGAGCCAAAGCGCAAGACAGAGAGGAGGAAAAGAAACUGGAAGUCGACCAGAAGCGGAAGGACAAGCGCAAGGCCCGUGCUGGCGGGUACGCAAGUCGCAAGAGACCGCUCACCGUGGCGGGAUACAAUGCCCGAGACGUGAACGCUGCCAAGCUACCAGAGGGUCCGCAAGGCAAUGUCUUCGAAGGGCUGACCUUCUACAUCAUGACCGAGUCCGCUCUGCCGGGAGACCGGAAGAAAUCCAAACUCGAGCUGGAAGGCCUAGUCAAAGUUAACGGUGGCAGAAUCGUUCAACAAGCCACGCCCGCAUCCGACGACCAAGAUCCUGUGAUGUGCAUCGCGGCACGUCGCACCGUCAAGGUCGCAAGUCUGGAGAAGCACGGCCGGAAGGAAAUCAUCAAGCCGAUCUGGAUCUUCGACUGUCUUGACCAAGCGAAACGGGACUUUGCACUGGGGUUUGCAGACCAGAUGGUCGUGCCGUUCGAACCGGAGAGACAUAUGUUUUUCGUGCCAGAGGAGAUGAGGGACCGGCUCGGAGAUAAUGCGGAUGAAUACGGCGACAGCUACGCUCGAGACACGAGUGAAGACGAGCUCAGAGAAAUCAUGGACAAGAUGGGAAGCGUCGACAUCGAGGAAGGCGAAGAGAAGCGUAUCCCAGAUCUCUUUGGUGAUGAGUUCUUCAACAUGAAGGGAUUCCUCUUCCACGGUAUGGUCUUCUACUUUGACCUGGAUACCGACGGCCUAGAAGACGUCGCGGGCUACGCGGAAAACGAAGCCUCCUCCGGCCUGACGACCACGUCUUUGAAAGCGAUUGCGAAAUUCGCGGGCGCAGAAGUUCUCUCGCCCGAGUACGCCAUGCUCGCCUCUGUGCCACCGAAGCUGAAAACAACAAUCACGCAUAUCAUCGCCCACCCUGCCUCCGACCUGUCUUCUCUAAGAAAGGAGGUCGCGAGAUGGACAGCCAGGAAGAUCCCCCGGAUCCUAACCAGGGGGUGGAUACAAAAAUGUUGGAACGAGGGAACCCGCGUCGACGAGGAAGCAUUUGUUGCUUUCUAA